AUGAGUAGAAGUGUGUUACAUUUGACAAUAUAGUGUUGCAGUUUCCAGUGAAAGUUAAAGAGAAAGGAUAGUUAUGAUUGUAUUGAUAUUUAUAUUUAAAUAAUUAAAAAAAGUGAUUUUGUCGGGUUUAUAAAAAUUGUUGAAUUAUUAUUAGUGAAAAUAUAAUAUUGAAGCUCUGAAUACAUUCACAGCAUUGAAGAAAUAAUAUAUAUAUUGUGUAUUUCAAGAAGGUCAUUCUGACAUUAACUGUAUUCUGUGUUAUUUGUGUAUGUGUAACAUCUUUCGACAUGGAAGUUUUACCAUGUCCUGUAAAUGUGAAUUUUAGUAACACGAGAGUUGGAACAGCUGAAGAAUUUGAUGGAGCCUGCCAGGCUCUAGCAAAACGAUUGGAAGUUGAAUUAAGAAGAGCAAAGCAUGUACAGUUAGCAUGUGGUGAAGUUUUGUUACCUGCUGAUCUUUUGCCAAGAAUAGCUAAAAAUGUACUUAGCAUGGCUGAAAAUGAACCUUGUGGUCUUAGAGGAUGUACAUUGUUUAUUAGUUUUGAAACGGACAGUGUAUGUAGAAAACUAUCAAAAAUACAAUGUGACCCUAAUACAGUAUCUACCUUUGAACUUUAUUUAACUUUGAAACAAGAUCAUACAUCUUGGCAUAUUCUGUUACCUCAGUUUCUAAAAAAUCUUACACGAGGAGGUACUAUUAUGAUCAGUAGAGAUUUUACUUUGGAGAAAAAAAAAUUAUAUAGAUCAUAUCAACAAGUAUAAUGAAUAAUCUGAUGAGAUCUGAGAAUCAUUGAUUAAUUUUUUUGAUAAAAAUGAUUAUUCUAAGCUCUUCUAACUAUAGGUGGGCUCCAACAUGGCUAUUUUUAUUUUCCGAAGAUGGAUUUUUGUGAUUUACAUUUACAUAUUUACAUAUUUUACAAUAUAUUUGAUUUAAAGGUAACCAACAUAAGGAUCAGAAAAAUAAAAAUAAUGAAAAGAAGAUAAACAUGAGAUGCAAGAUAGAAUGGGAAGGGGCGAAAUUCAUGGGUUUUAACAAUUGUGAUAUUAAAAAAAAUUUGUAAUACUAUUAAGUCUGAAAAAUUUCUUUACGUGAUAUCUAGAUUUUAUAUAUUGCCUAACAUUCAUAACUCGGUUUGAAUAAUAUUUUUUUAAAAAUAUAAACAUAUCUGAUCAAAUGAUAUUGUAAAUUAAAAUAUAUUUCUUUAAAUAUAUGUUGAUAUAUUUUGUGAAUUAAUUUUAAAAACAUUGGUGAUAAAAAUUUCUAGAUUCUCGUAAAGAGACAUUUUUUCAUAAGAGAUAUAAUCUAUAUCUUCAUUCAAAGAAGAAAUGACUUGUCAUAAGACUUGUAAUAAUAAUUUUUCUGCAUUUGUACGUAAUAAUGCGGUAAAAUUUAAAUCAAAUUUUGUUAGCAAGAAUUAUUAUUCUUGUUAAAUGAUAAAACUAGUAGUAGUAGUAAAAAUAAUGUAUACAUGUGUUAUACACUUAUAAGCUUCAAAAAUACCAAUGGAUAUCUAAAAUAAUUUUGUUUGAUACAAAUUUUGUAUAUUUUUCUUUUGUGACAUCCUCUUUUUAUAUAUCGAUUAUUAAUCGAUAUAUAUCUAUAUAAUUUUACCCACUUAUAAUAAGUGGA